GGGUUGCAGGAAGGCCCGGAUGAGUAUCGCGCAGUGAGAUGGCGGCUCGGGCUGAGGGGACAUUUCUAAUGACUGGAAGCCCGUGAGUGGACUAUACUUGUUCUCAGUGGAAGUUGGUGCAUCUUUUGAUCUGUCCUUCUGACUACUGCUCUCUCGCAACAGAAUGGCAGAUUUGGAGAAAGAGCCUAUUAUACAACAUUCGGAUACUUCAGCUGAUCUUCGAAAAUCACGAUCAAAAAAAGCACCAGAACUUCCCAUUUUGGAGAGAAGGAACUGGCUGAUACAUUUGCAUUAUAUUAGGAAGGACUAUGAGACCUGCAAGGCAAUUAUCAAAGAACAGCUGCAGGAGACUCAGGGGAUGUGUGAAUAUGCUGUCUAUGUACAAGCACUGAUCUUCCGUUUGGAAGGAAAGAUUCAAGAAUCCUUUGAACUCUUUCAGACCUGUGCAAUCCUGAACCCGCAGAAUGUGGACAACUUAAAACAAGUGGCUAGAUCACUGUAUUUGCUUGGGAAACACAAGGCAGCAAUUGAAGUUUACAGUGAAGCUGCUAAAUUAAAUGAAAAGGAUUGGGAAAUCAGCCACAAUCUGGGAGUCUGUUUCAUGCACUUGAAGAGUUUUGAGAAGGCCAAGUUUCAUCUGAACUGUGCAUUGCAAAGCAGCAAGCAUGAUCUGACCUUCGUGGUGCUUGGGAACCUUUACCUGCUGGAGGGGAAUACUGAAGGGGCUGUGGAAAUUUAUAAGAAAGCAGUAGAGUUUUCUCCUGAAAAUGCUGAGCUUCUGACAACUCUGGGGUUACUGUACCUGCAGCUUGGUGUUUACCAGAAAGCUUUUGAGCAUCUAGGAAACGCUCUCACCUACAACCCCAACAAUUAUAAGGCCAUCCUGGCUGCGGGCAGCAUGAUGCAGUCUCACAAUGACUAUGAUGUGGCACUGAGCAAGUACAGGAUAGCAGCACAUGCCAUACCCGAGAGCCCGCCCCUGUGGAAUAACAUCGGAAUGUGCUUCUUUGGCAAGAAGAAAUAUGUAGCCGCUAUUAGCUGUCUGAAGCGAGCUAAUUAUCUUGCUCCCUUUGACUGGAAGAUUCUGUAUAACCUGGGCUUGGUGCACCUGACAAUGCAGCAAUACGCAUCGGCAUUCCAUUUCCUGAGCGCGGCCAUCAACAUUCACUCGAAGAUGGGGGAGUUGUACAUGCUGCUGGCUGUGGCAUUAACAAACCUGGAGGAUCCCAGCAACGCAAAGAGAUCUUACGAUCAAGCAGUGAGUUUAGACCAGUCAAACCCUCUGAUAAAUUUAAACUAUUCCAUAUUAUUGUAUAACCAAGGGGACCGGAGGGGAGCCCUGCACCAGUAUCAGGAAAUGGAGAAGAAGGUUAACAGGCUAAAGGAGAGUAGCAGCUUGCUGGAGUUUGAUCCAGAGCUGGUAGACAUGGCUCAGAAGAUUGGAGCAGCGCUUCAGGUGGGGGAGAAUCUUGUCUGGACUAAACCGAGUAAGGACACCAAGUCAAGACACCGUGCAGCACCAUCUGGCAGCAAAGUCACUUCUACCCAACAACCCCUGGGCUCCAAUCAAGCUUUGGGCCAGGCUAUGUCAUCAGCUGCGGGCUACAGCAAGACCAUUCACCUCUCUGCUGAUGGAUGUCUGACUCGUAUACAGAAACCUCCCUCAUUACCCCUAGAACCAGAGUCAAGUGCAGAAUCGGGUGCUGAGGAUCUGAGCAGAAAGCAACACCCAUGAUAGCUUGUGUUAGCUUUCAAUUACCACCACCUGAUCCCCUGAAUAGGUAAUUAAAACCAGCACCAUGCUAAAUUCCUCCA